AUGGCGAGUUUCACUGUGAUAGUGGUGUCAUGGAAUCCAGAUGACAUCCACUACCACGACGUCUUCUUCCAGGCAUCCAGCGCCGAUGGAUUAUUGAGCAUCACGACCAUCCUGGCCUUAUUUGAGUACACCGUGGGAGCCACGCUAGCGAAAGGACUGAACCGAUUGUUCGCGACAUGUUUGGGCGUUGCGCUGGGAUAUGGGAUGCACCAUUCGGCCGCUUUGAUGGAUAAAUACUCGGUCGUGAUCGGGCUGUCUGUCACCUUCAUAGUUACAAUCGCGACGUAUUGCCGGUUCUUUCCAAAAGUCAAGGAUAUGUUCGAUGAGUGCUUUUCAACAUUCAUGGCCAGUUUCACCGUGAUAAUGGUGUCAUGGAGUCCAGAUGACACCACACUCAAAGGGGAGUGCUUGCGCCUCAUCGCUAUCUGGGUCGCCGGCAUCAUGGCCAUUUUGAUCUGCAUCUUCGUCUUCCCCGAUUGGGCAGGCGAAGAUCUCCAUGUAGGCACCGCCGACAACAUUGACCGACUUGCCCGUUAUCUAGAAGAUUAUAGUAGCUGUUUUAGACUUAAAGGUGUUGCUUUAGAUUAUGCCAAAGGACUCAACUUCACGACCAAUGUGAAAGAUGCAAAUGGAAUCAAAGAACGAGACAUGUAA